AUGAACAGCCGCCUCUGACCAACACAAGCAUCCUAUCCAGGCGCCCAGUAUCUUCUGGCAGCCAUGGGUGUACUCAACAAGAUCAAGGACAAGCUCGACAAGCACGUCCCCAGCUCGAGCUCCAAGAAAGCGCAUGAACAAAAGCUGGUUGAAGACCCGAUUCGACACACCACAGUGGAGCCUUCCAUCAAUGUGCCGCUCGAGGAGGGCGACAUGUUCCACACAACAGGGCUCGUCACAGAUGAUCCUCUCAAGGACAAGCGCUACACGUCUAGUGGAUUGCGCUCAAAGACGGAGCUGCCAGACACACAAGGCCUGAUUCAAGGCAUGGAGCACCUCGCUGUGGCUGGUCAAGAGCGAGACACUCACGGCUUACUGCGCGGCAUGUCGCCUGCCCUUUCCAUCAAAUGCGGCCCCCUUUUGCGCUAUGUUGACACCGACUUCAGGGCAGCUCAGCCAGUUUGGCAAGGCUCCGUAUUAAUUGUUGCUAUUGACGGCGAGUCGGACUAUGCCUCGCGACCGGCGCUCAAGUUGAGCACCGGCCAGGAUGUUGCCGGAGAGGUGCUACACACGCAGAUGGGCUCAUCUUUCUGGCGCUUCCCACUGCAAAUUGUGCUUGGCGACCAAGAGCAGCGCAUCACAUAUUGCAUCAACGGUUCGGAGCAGAUUCCCUUCGUUGUGCCAUCCAAGCACGAGACAAUGCGCAUCAUGUUCCACAGUUGCAAUGGAUUCUCUCUGUCUGUAGACCAGACCAAAUUUUGUGGUCCGGACCCGCUUUGGAAGGAUGUCUUGCGCAGCCAUAACGAGAAGCCUUUCCACGUCAUGCUCGGCGGAGGCGACCAGAUCUACUGCGACUUGGUCUCACGACGAUGUGCCUUGUUCAAGGAAUGGCUCAACAUGUCCACCAUGGAGCACAAGACCGCACGACCCUUUACCGAGGACAUGCGCCACGAACUCGAAGCCUUUUACUUUGAGCACUAUUGUUGGUGGUUCAGGCAAGGUCAGUUUGGUCGCGCCAAUGGUAUGAUUCCUAUGGUCAAUAUUUUUGAUGACCACGACAUCAUUGAUGGAUUUGGCUCUUAUCCUGACCAUUUCAUGCGAUCUGCCGUCUUUUCAGGUCUCGGCAACGUGGCAUUCAAAUACUACAUGCUGUUCCAGCACCAGUCUCUACCAACUGAGCAGGAAAACGCCAACUCUGCUUGGUGCUAUGGUGUCAAGCCUGGGCCAUACAUCCACGAACACUCUCGCAACAUUGUUGCCAACUUAGGCCCAAAGACCAUCUUCUUUGGCUUCGACAACAGGACUGAGCGUACCAAGCACCAGAUUGUGACGAAUGAGACGUACGACAAGAUCUUUCACCGUCUCGAGAACUCCAUUGUGCCAGGCCAGACGGAGCAUCUCAUUGUGCUGCUCGGUGUGCCUAUCGCAUAUCCGCGUCUUGUUUGGUUGGAAGAGUUGCUCACCUCCAAGGCUAUGGAUCCACUUCGCAUUCUUGGCAAGACUGGUGUAUUGAGUGGCUUUACGCAAAAGUUUGACGAGGGAGUGGAGCUGCUUGAUGAUUUGAAUGAUCACUGGUGUGCCAAGCACCACAAGCAGGAGCGCAAUGACUUUGUCCUGCGAUUGCAAGCUCUCUCACUCCUCCGUUCUGUGCGCAUCACCCUACUCGGUGGUGACGUCCAUCUUGCUUCAGUAGGAGAAUUCUACUCAAACGUCAACUUGCGCAUUCCAAGAGAGAAGGACCACCGCUACAUGCCCAACAUCAUCUCCUCUGCUAUUGUCAACACACCGCCUGCUGAAGCUGUGUCGAAUGUGUUGUCAAAGCGCAACUGUGUUCACCACUUGGAUAAGGAGUGUGACGAGACGCAAAUUCCGCUGUUUACACACGAUGUGAAUGAGAAGAAGCUCAACAACCCAUGCUUACUGCCUCGUCGCAACUGGUGCAGCAUUGACCACACUGGUCCAAAUGGUGGUUUGGAGGUGUCUCUCAAUGUCGAGAUUGAUCAGAGCAACCACGAGGGCAAAACCAAGCCGUACGUCUACCGCGUACCUCGACUGGAUCUUGUGUCGCACAGCACGGGUCAGUCAUACCAGCAACCUCAACAGAAUUUCGGGACUGUACAGCAGCCUGGACUUGCUGGUGUCGGGUAUCAACAGCCGCAAUUCAGCCAAGGCCAAUACAUGUCUCAGCCUGAUGUUGCUCCUCCAUUGCAGCCCAGGUACUAGGCCUAGCUGUGCCGACCACAUGACAUUUUAAUUUUGUGCUUCUAGUGAUUUAUAGGUGUCCAUCUGUAGUGAACGGGUUCAUGCUUGUACUGG